AUGGCCCAUUUCAAGGCCCAAAGAGUCGAUUCUUUUCGAAAUAAACCGGUGUACAGAAAUGUAAAAACAUUUGUUGAAACUGCACUUAAGGAAGCUAAAUCGAUUGUUGACGCCGAAAAAACAUUUGAAGAUUGCAUCGCGGAUCCACUUAUUGCGAACACUGUCAAAGGUAUGGGAUUCAAUUUUCCAUCUUUGUUCCAGUAUGGCUUGCUCUCACAAAUGAACGACGACAGUCAAAAUUUGGUUGUAGUUAGCAAACCCGGUACUGGCAAAACAGUCGCUGUUAGCAUUGGAGUGCUAAAUUACGUCAACCGAAAACAAAAUUAUCCACAGGUUUUGUACUUGUGCACGACUCAUGAAGCAGCUGUACAAACAGCAAAACAGCUAACCGGAAUGGCUAUCGGAACAGAAAUAAAAGUUGGCACUGCCUUGAAAAAUUCGAACGUCACACUGGGUCAUAAAUUGAAUUGCCAUGUUCUGGUUGGAACUCCAAAGGAAAUGGUAUCAUUCAAAAUAAUGCGACAUUUCAAUAUUGAACAAAUCAGCUUAUGCGUGUUUGAUGAUGCCGAUACGAUAGUGACUACAAAACUAAUCAAGGAUCACAUCAUUGCAAACCUCACACAGAGUCGAAAAGUGUUGAUGUCGUCCAAAAUCCAAUUCAACAUCAAUUUCGCGAAGCCUUAUGCUAUCAAGUUGGAUACCACAAACGUCAACGUGAAACAAUGUUACACAUUUUGUGAAGAUGAUGGCGAAAAGAUCAUAGCUGUUCUAGCAGUGAAUGAGAUUUUGACUACAUUGAAAAUUCAAGGAAUCAUUUUUUUUGAAACUGGAGAAAUGGCUGAACAAUAUGGAAACAUUUUGAAGUUGAAAGGUGUGUCGGUUGCUUUGCUACACCGCAGCUUAAGUGUCACUGAAAGAAACGAUGAAUUGGAGCAGUUCAAAUGUGGUCAUCGUAUUUUUGCAGUCGCUACCAACCUAUUGGCACGGGGUGUCAACCUUCCAAACACGUCGACGCCAAUCGAUAUGAAUAUCGAAUUGGUCGGUCUUGCCACAUCGGUGGACAAGGGAAUGGAAGGAAAAAACACAGAGAAAGAAAAACCAUCAACCGCUACGAUGGUACAUCGAACCUGGCGCUGUCCAAAUUGCAAUGCAAAAGGAGUUGGACCACGCACAUUGCGCGAUCAUGUGCUUCGCAACGGCUGCAACGCACCACGCGACAAGUAUCUAAAAUCACCUACUCGCAAAGAGUAA